ACGAACACAAAUUUUAAUAACAGAGAUAAUUCGAGGUUAUGAACUCAUCAUUUCUUUGUUGAUAAUUUUUUUAAGCAAAUUGUUAAACUUAUGACGUUUUUUUAUAAGAAUUUUUCCUUGAAAAUUGUUGUUGAAUUAAGCGAGUCAUUUGUUUUCUAAUUUUAUGUGUUUAUAACAUUAUUAUUUUUUAAGCCAAAGAGGCUGUCAUCAUGAGUAAAAUGUACUCAACUGCAAAUCUCUCAGACAAGGAGUUAAAGGAACAGGGAAAUCGGCUGUUUACUCUUCAUAAAUACGAGGAUGCUGCCAAUUGUUACUCCAAGGCAAUUAUUAAAAAUCCGAAUCAAGCGCUAUACUUCACGAAUCGAGCUUUGUGCCAUCUGAAAUUGAAACGAUGGCAGUCUUCCUGUCAGGAUUGCAGACGUGCAUUGGACAUCGAUCCAUGUUUGGUGAAAGGUCAUUUUUUCCUAGGACUAGCCCUUUUGGAAUUGGAAUUAUACGAUGAGGCUAUUAAACAUCUGCAAAGAGCGGUGGACUUGGCAAAGGAGCAGAAGCUAAAUUUCGGGGACGAUAUGACCUGUGUCCUGAGACAAGCACGUAAACGUCGAUUUCAGCUCAAAGAAGAACAACGAAUUGCACAGGAUAUAGAACUCCAAACAUACCUAAAUCAACUGAUAAUCGAAGAAGCGCAACGUAAUCUCACUGUUUUAAAGGAUAAAGAAGAAACGGAAAAUAAAACCGAAGCCGAUUUGGCGCAAUGUCGUGAAGAAAUUGAAGAAAAACGUGAUACUUGUAUAACAAGAUUAAACGAUCUGUUUUCAAAAGUCGAUGAUAGACGACGGAAACGGGAUGUGCCAGAUUAUUUAUGUGGCAAAAUCAGUUUUGAAAUUCUCCAGGAGCCUGUAAUCACACCAAGUGGAAUAACCUACGAGCGUAAAGAUAUUGAGGAACAUCUUCAAAGGGUGGGACAUUUUGAUCCUGUCACACGUGUUCGUCUAACACAAGAUCAAUUAAUUCCGAAUCUUGCAAUGAAAGACGUCGUUGAUUCAUUUCUUCAAGAAAAUGAAUGGGCACUUGACUACUAAAAUUUUUCGCCCAAAAAUAUAUGUAAGUUCAGUCGUCAUGACGUCAAAUGAUAGAAUUAUACUAUAACUAAUUUAUUUUUAUUAUUCAAGCUUAAAAUAUAAUUUUUAAUCUUGUUAAAACGCACCAAUAUACACAGCCAAUUUUUUUUAUAGCAAUUGAUUUGUUAUAUCAAAAGAUAAAUUUAUUUUUAGUUUCAUAUUUAAUCUAUAUGUAUAUCGCAAAGACAAUAGUUUAGAUACAAAUGUGUCUUUAAUUUUUGUCUACAAAUGUUUUAUAAUAAAUCAAUUAGUCUUUUUUGAAA